AUGUCUGAAGAUAAUAUUAACUAUAUCUUAUCUAUGUCUCAACAACAAGAGAAGAAGAAGAGUAUCAACGAUGAUGAUGAUGAUUUGAAAAAGAGAUAUCCAUUAUUUAUUGGGAUACAUGUAGGAGCUGGAUAUCACUCUAAAAAGUUGUCAAGGUCCUAUAGAGAUGUUGUAGACUCAUGUUUAAAGAGAUCAAAAGAUAUAGUCUAUCAAACUCUAUCUGAUAGUGAUGCUAGUGAUGGUCAACAACAACAUACAAUAUGUGCAUCAUCAAUAGUAGAGAUUGUCAUUCAAAUGUUGGAAGAUGAUCCACUGACCAAUGCAGGUAAAGGUUCAAACCUCAAUUUCGAUGGUCAAGUUGAAUGUGAUGCAAGUUUAAUGGAUGGUCAAUUUAAUUGUCAUUGUAAUAAUAAUUGUUUUCAGCAACAACAAAGUAAAGAUAAGAAAAGAUAUUCAAUACAUCAUCGUCAACAACAACCAAAUAAUAAUAAUAAUAAUAAUAUUAUUGAUAAUAAUGGUUUGAUGAUAUGUGGUGGAGGAAUAUGGGCAGGAGUAGGAGCAGUUAAUGGAAUAACAAAUCCAAUAAGAUUGGUUGGUGAAAUGGUAAAGAGACAGAAAAAGAGUGCUGACAAAUCAUUGGGUCGUGUUAGACCGUUGAUGUUGGUUGCAAGUGGUGCCAAAGAAUGGGCUAUGAAUCAUUCUGUUGAAACAUAUGAUCCCAAUUCAUUAUUUGGUGAUCCUCUUAUCACUCAACAAUCAAAUCUAACUUAUUUAAAACAUAAAAGUAAAUUGGAAUAUUGGAAAUCUAUAAAAGGUCAUUUUGAACAAGAGAAUGGAGAAAAUGAAGAAUAUAAUCAACAAGAAGGGGGAGAUGAUGAUAAUGAUGAUAAUCAAGAUGAACAGCUUUAUGAUACAGUUGGAGCAAUUGUAGUUGAUUGGAAUGGAAAUGUCGCAGCUGGUGUAUCAAGUGGAGGAAUAUCACUUAAACAUCCAGGUAGAGUUGGUGAAGCUGCCAUCUUUGGUAGUGGUUGUUGGGCUCAAAAUGAAUUAAUUAUUAAAAAUCACAAUGAUGAUGGUGAUGAUGAUGAUUCAAUUGUAAUCCCUGGUGUUGCUUCAAGUUGUACAGGUACGUCAUUUAUUUAA